AUGGCUGAGCAGGCCGGCGCCUCUGGCGACGUUGAACGUGUCGCGCAGACAACGCAAACGCAAAUCCGCACCUCGACCUCGGAGCGACGCGACUCGAGACGUGUCUCUCGGGUUUCCUACAAGGAAGACUACGCUAACCUCGACGAAUAUGGAAAAUUGGUUAAGUAUGCCUCGACUUACCGCGAGGGUCGUCCGGGUGACGAGGUGCAGGGCGAAGAGGAGGAGAAGAGGGUGUGGUAUGCACCCUGGAAGAAGCGCAAGGUCUUCGUCAAGCAUGUCGACCAGCAACCCGGUCAAUUCCCUGAGGAAUGGCUCAUCACGGACAUCCGUCAAGGUCUGCCUAGCAGCGAGGUCCCUGUCAGACGUCGACGUGCCGGGUGGAACGAGCUGGUAUCGGAGAAGGAGAACCCAAUCGCUAAGAUCCUGUCGUAUUUCCGAGGCCCCAUUCUCUAUGUAAUGGAAUUGGCUGUUCUCCUGGCCGCAGGUUUGGACGACUGGAUUGACUUUGGUGUCAUCAUCGGUAUCUUGUGUCUGAACGCCGCCGUGGGUUGGUACCAAGAAAAGCAGGCUGCGGACGUCGUUGCAAGUCUUAAGGGUGACAUUGCCAUGAGAGCCACCGUGAUCCGCGAUGGUCAGCAACAGGAAAUCUUAGCGCGGGAGCUCGUUCCGGGCGACGUGAUUAUUAUCGGAGAAGGCUCAGUUGUCCCAGCCGAUUCCAAGAUUAUCUGUGAUGUCAAUGACCCCAAUGGUUGGGAAGAGUUCAAAAGGAUGCAGGAGCAAGGCGACCUUAGCAGUACCUCCGAAUCUGACCUCGAAGACAAUGAGCCUGAAGGAGGUCAGGAGGAGGGUGAAAAGGAAGAGGAGUCCAAGCCCAAAAGACGCCGUGGCUACCCCAUCCUCGCGUGUGACCACUCCGCUAUUACCGGUGAAUCGCUUGCAGUUGAUCGCUAUAUGGGUGGAUUGAUCUACUAUACGACCGGCUGCAAGCGUGGUAAGGCCUACGCGGUUGUCCAGACAGGCGCGAAGAACUCGUUCGUGGGUAAAACUGCGAGCAUGGUGCAAUCAGCCAAGGGUGCUGGUCACUUCGAAAUCGUCAUGGACAACAUUGGUACAUCUCUUUUGGUUCUCGUUAUGGCUUGGAUCUUGGCUGCUUGGAUUGGUGGUUUCUACCGCCAUAUUCCCAUUGCUUCGCCGGGUCAGCAGACGCUCCUCCACUACACCCUUGCUUUGUUGAUCAUUGGUGUUCCUGUCGGUUUGCCGGUUGUGACCACCACUACCAUGGCUGUCGGAGCAGCAUAUCUAGCCAAGAAGAAGGCAAUUGUGCAAAAGCUGACUGCGAUCGAAUCACUGGCGGGUGUUGAUAUCUUGUGUUCGGAUAAAACAGGAACGUUGACGGCGAACAAGCUGAGUAUCCGCGAGCCGUAUGUAGCUGAAGGUGUGGAUGUGGAUUGGAUGUUCGCUGUGGCUGUCCUAGCUUCUUCCCACAACAUUGAAUCGCUGGAUCCUAUCGAUAAAGUCACGAUCCUGACUCUCCGGCAAUACCCAAGAGCGAGGGAGAUACUACGCAGAGGUUGGAAGACCGAAAAGUUUGUUCCCUUUGAUCCGGUGUCCAAGCGGAUUGUGACGGUUGCGAGCUGCGAUGGAACAAGAUACACCUGCACUAAAGGCGCUCCCAAGGCUGUGCUUCAGCUGACGAACUGCUCCAAGAGCACCUCCGAUCACUAUAAGGCAAAGGCCCAGGAAUUUGCGCACAGAGGGUUCCGCUCCUUGGGUGUCGCAGUGCAAAAGGAAGGAGAAGACUGGACUUUGCUCGGAAUGCUUCCUAUGUUUGACCCGCCUCGUGAGGAUACAGCUCAGACGAUCAACGAAGCUCAGAACCUAGGUAUCAGUGUGAAGAUGCUCACGGGUGAUGCCAUUGCGAUCGCUAAAGAAACAUGCAAGAUGCUUGCCCUCGGUACUAAGGUGUAUAACUCUGAUAAGCUUAUUCAUGGUGGCCUAAGUGGAGCCAUGGCAGGUGAUCUAGUUGAAAAGGCAGAUGGAUUUGCUGAAGUGUUCCCUGAACAUAAAUACCAAGUGGUCCAAAUGCUCCAAGACCGCGGCCAUCUGACCGCGAUGACAGGUGAUGGUGUGAAUGAUGCACCAUCAUUGAAGAAAGCGGAUUGCGGUAUUGCUGUUGAAGGAGCAACGGAGGCGGCACAGUCAUCUUCUGAUAUUGUGUUCUUGGAGCCUGGAUUGUCUACCAUCAUUGACUCGAUCAAGGUUGCUCGGCAGAUCUUCCACCGCAUGAAGGCAUAUAUCCAGUACCGUAUUGCUCUUUGCUUGCAUUUGGAGAUCUAUCUGGUGACGUCGAUGAUUAUUCUCAACGAGAGUAUCCGUGUCGAGUUGAUUGUCUUCCUUGCUCUUUUCGCCGAUCUGGCAACGGUCGCGGUGGCGUACGAUAAUGCGUCAUUUGAGUUGCGUCCUGUUGAAUGGCAGCUCCCUAAGAUCUGGUUCAUUUCAGUGUUGUUGGGUCUGCUGCUCGCACUGGGCACAUGGGUUGUUCGCGGUACUAUGUUCCUCCCAUCGGGUGGUAUCAUCCAAAACUGGGGUUCGAUUCAGGAGGUCCUGUUCCUCGAAGUCGCACUGACCGAAAACUGGCUGAUCUUCGUCACUCGAGGUGCUGAUACUUGGCCAUCAAUCCACCUUGUCACAGCCAUUCUUGGUGUGGAUGUUCUGGCAACGAUCUUCUGUCUCUUCGGUUGGUUCACCAACGAAGACAUGCCCACGAACCCCAGCGACUCCUUCGUCGAGACCACCAACGGCUGGACAGAUAUCGUCACGGUCGUCCGAAUCUGGGGCUACUCGCUGGGUGUGGAGAUUGUCAUUGCGUUGGUCUACUUCAUGCUGAACAAGUUCAAAUGGCUCGAUGAACUUGGUCGUCACAAGCGCGACAAGGGCGACCUCAAGAUCGAGAACCUGUUGGGUCACCUUGCUCGUUUGACAGUCGAAUACGAGGAGCCUGGGAAGCCCAAGGGUCGCUUCUUCCUGGCCACCAGCAAGGAGGAAGAAGAAGUGGAGUAA